CAAUCUUAGUCUUACGUUGUCGGAGGAGACAUAAACAUCACCGUUAUUCUGAUCUGUAGUUUGUUUGUUUGUUUGUUUUUUUUUCUCCGAGACCUUUCCAUCAAAACUUUGGGAAAUAGUAGAAACAAGUAUCCAACAAAUCAGGCCGACUUUUAAGGUCGUUUGUGAGAUGUUUUGUGCGUUGCCCUCCCCCUUUUUUUUCUCCCAACUUUUUCUUUGAUCACGUGAGAAAAGUUUUGAUGAAGAUCCACUUGUCCAACAUCAAGUGAUUGCCGCUCUUUAGACAAUAAAAAAGUAAACAAACUCUUUUGCUUCAAAACAUUUUCAUCAAGUCCAAAAAAAUAAAAGGGAAGCCUCUACUGAAAAAAGCUUACGUCACAUCGAUUAAUUUCAAUCUACACAAAAGACGAGUGCUUAAUUAUUACGCUAUUGUGUUGGUGCGUGCCGAUCGACGAAAAAGAAAAAGAAGGCAAAACGAGGGUGGAAUUGCGUGUCUACGUGCGUGUGCGUCCCUAUAGUGGUGAUCUUUGUAGACGACAAGAGCCAAAGAAAACAAAAGAAAAUCGAAAAGUGAUAUCAUGAGCAAAGAGCCAUUUUGAAAUAGAAGAUUAAAAAAAAAAAAAAUUCUUUUGAUCGCAAUUGAUUAUCCAAACGGAAGAACUUGGGUACGAGGAGGUCAAGUUGUCCUAUUGGCUCGCUAACGAGCGACGAUGUUGCUGCUAGAUAAUUCAACAACGGUUAGCGAUGGCCGGUUGGACGAAGACGUUAACCGUCCUAUGAUUGACGCCAAGGACUACGCUGACUUUCUGCAGUAUGUCAAUAGCUUCAACUGGAGUGGCGUCGCUGACGUCGUCGACGCUAUCGAAGAUCCGUUUGCCAACUUUGUCGGCGGACUUGACGGAUCGUCAGCCAUCGCGCUCGACCCGGCCAGUUUUUGGCUCAACUUUAGCGGUCACUUUCCGACCGUCUCCGAUUCGUCAUCCAUCUUGAAUGCAUCGGCAGUUGAUACGGUCAUUAACAGCAGCACAGCCGACUGGAUUUGGGAGGCUGGCAAACUACGCAUCCCUCUCUACAGCAUCAUUUUCCUGCUGGGCAUCACGGGCAACGUCCUGGUGAUUUUGACCAUCCUGCAAAACACGCGGAUGCGUACCGUUACCAACAUGUUUCUACUCAAUCUGGCCAUCUCGGACCUGCUGCUCGGCGUUUUCUGCAUGCCGUUCACGCUGAUCGGCCAGUUGCUCAGAGACUUCAUCUUCGGCGACGUCUUUUGCCGACUCAUCUCCUUCUUUCAAGCUGUUUCUGUCAGUGUGUCCGGAUGGACGCUGGUGGCAAUCUCCGUGGAACGCUUCUACGCCAUUUGUCAUCCGCUGACUUCAAGAAAAUGGCAGACGAGAAGUCACGCCAGAUACAUCAUCUUGGCCGUCUGGCUCGGAUCACUGGCCAUUAUGUCGCCUGUGGCCGUCCUGUCGCAAUUGAAGCCUGUCGGUAACGACGGACGCCGCAAAUGUCGCGAAGUCUGGCCCGACGACACCUUAGAGAAAACCUUCACCGUCUUUCUUGACGUCAUCCUGCUCAUCAUCCCGUUGUUUCUUAUGGUCGCCAUGUACGGAAUGAUAGUCAACCAUCUAUGGAAAGUCGAUCAAGGAGGCGGAGGGGAGGAAAGCGAAGCAGCCAUGAGUGUGACCGCUCGUAAUACUUCUGCCAACAGGAAUUCAAUCAGCCAAUCAGAGAGGCUCACGUCCAGCGCGCUCACGGUGAACGUCAACGGAAACGGCUCGUCCACGUCACGCGCUGGCAUUUAUCGCGGAAACAAAAGAGCCACCGUGUCUGGUAGCACAGCUGGCCUGCCCGCCACGCCAAGUCUUCGACGCUGUAAUCCGGAGCACUGUUUGAAAACUAAGAGACGCGUCCUCAAAAUGCUAAUCGUCGUCGUCCUAGAGUUUUUCAUCUGCUGGACGCCGCUCUACGUGGUCAACACCAUGUCCUUCUUCGCUCCUCGAGCGCUUUACGAAGGACUGGGAUACACGGGCAUAUCGCUUAUGCAGCUGUUGGCACAGGCCAGCUGUUGCUGUAACCCCAUCACUUAUUGCUUCAUGAGUUCAUCUUUUCGUCGAGCGUUUGUCAAAGCCUUCGGAUGUUCCAAGGUGGAAAAUUUUUCGCGAUCGGUAGGGACUGUCUAGCACAUCCGAUCGAAAAACGGUUUACUCCGCAGUUAAUCAACGGAAUUCACCAGGGUGUCUGUGGUAAACGAUCUUUCCCCUUUCGACCUACAAAUGUUUUAUUGAGUAAUUUUUUUUCUUUAAAGAAGUUUUAACUUCAAAACAACUUCCAACUAAUGGGAUGUUGCAUACAAAUGUACAACCUUUAGGACUGAGUUUCUAUUUAGAACAGAUUUUUUCCCCCCUAUUUUUUACUGUUUCUUCCUUGCCCAAGCAUAAUCAAAUCAAAGAUUAAUUACGAUCCAUCACGAUCUUCAUCCUCCUAGGCACAGUCGAUCAGUCUUAAUCGAUCAAAAAUAUAUAAAUGUUGUUUUACAUUAUAAAACAUCCUAUAACCCGGUCAGUUAAUAGCUCAACGAUUCUCCUUUUUCUCACUAUUUUUCUUUCUUUCUUCUCUGCUUUGUUCUCCUAUACAAUCUUGCAAAGAAACAUCUAUUCAUUUCAUUGUCUGUAUUCUUUUGCUAAUAAAUACGCAUAUUCAAAA